GUAAACGAAGAAACUCGUUUAUCCCAAGCAGAGUAAAGCCUGUGGGUUUCGUGUCCCAUGUCACCCAACGGGGCCGUGUGGCGAUGCUGGCGCAGCCGAGCGCAACCCUUGGGGCCGCUGUCCGAAUGCAUUUGGAAGGGCACGGACACACUUGGAGCGCCGUGUGUCUUUGUGCUCCGUGCUUUUGUUGCCCGUGCGGGCGGAGCGGGGCCGGCGGGAGCCGCGCUCCCCUCAGAGCCCCUGAGGGCGGCAGCAAUGGCGGCUCCUCCCUCAGCACCGCCCUGGGGCGGAGCGGGCGUCCUUUGGCGCCAAGACGGGACCGCGGCUCCUCCGGGCCCCGUUCAGCCAUGUCCGCCCCCGCCGAGCCCGGGCACUCGCCCGGCUUCAAGAAGCCGCCGGCGCUGCUGCGGCUGAAGCGCAAACGCCCUGGGCGGAGGGUCGAUCCCGCCGCCGCGGAAGCCGCCGCUGCUCCGGCCCCGCGGGGCCCCUGUGGAGCCGCCCGCCGCCGGAACCCCUUCUCCAGCCUGGACAACGCUCCGCAGCGGGCGGCCGCCCCUCAGCGUCCGGCAGCGGCCCCGGCGGGCGGGGAUCCAUCGGCAGCGCCCUUCUGGCAGUUUUUAGAGCCGACCUGUGAAGAGAAGCCCCACAGGAGAGUGGAGUCUGCUGAAAGUUCUGACAUCCUCACCCUAAGCCAGGACCUUCAUUCACCUCUUGCUGUACCCAAAGCUCCCUCCUCGCCAAGACAGGAAUUCCCUGCAGACUGGAGUAUUAAAACCCGGGUUCUCUUCGUGUCCUCCCAACCCUUCACCUGGGCAGAACACCUGAAAGCACAGGAGGAAGCGCAGGGAUUUGCUCAGCACUGCAGAGCUACAGAAACCACCUUGCCCCAGAGUGUGCAGGAGCCGCGGCUGUGCACGGAGCUGCGCUGUGCCUUCCAGCAGAGCCUCGUGUACUGGCUGCACCCCUCGCUGCCCUGGCUGCCGCUCUUCCCCCGCCUCGGGGCAGACAGGAGGAUGGCUGGAAAAGCCUGUCCUUGGGCACAGGAUGAGGCCUUGCAGCAAGUGCUCAUGAGUGACUGGUCCGUGAGCUUCACCUCUCUGUACAACCUGCUGCGGGCCCGGCUCUGUCCCUAUUUCUACGUGUGUGCAGCGCAGUUCUCGGUGCUGUUCCGCGCCGCGGGGCUGGCGGGCAGCGCCGUCCCCACCGCCGCCAUCGCCCCCACCACGCGCGGCCUCCGCGAGGCCAUGAGGAGCGAGGGCAUAGAGUUCUCCUUACCUUUGCUCGAGGAGAGUAGAACCAGGAAACAGAAAAACCCGGAGAGUUUGGAAACAGAAACGGCCUCGGGCCUCGGAGAGGGCAGCGCUGUGGAGGAUGCGGGGGAACCUGCUCCCAGCGAUGAUGAUGAUGAUGGAAGUUUCUCUUGGCUUGAGGAGAUGGGAGUCCAAGACAAGGUGAAGAAACCAGAUACUAUUUCUAUCCAACUGCGCAAGGAGAAGCAGGAGGUGCAGGUGGAUCACAGACCCGAGUCGCUGGUGCUGGUGAGAGGCAGCAACACCUUCACGCUGCUGAACUUCCUGAUCAGCUGCCGCAGCCUGGUGGCUGUGGCGGGGCCGCAGGCGGGGCUGCCCCCGACGCUGCUGGCCCCGGUGGCUUUCCGGGGCGGGACCAUGCAGACGCUCAAGGCUCGGACUGUCAGCGGCCGUGCCCGGGUGCAGGGGGGCUUUGAGGACGUGUUCAGCCUGGAGCUUCUGGGGCCCGUCCUGCCUCACACCCUGCACGCCCUGACGCUGCUGCUGGGCCCGGCACAGCGCGGCUCCUUCCGUGCCCUGCUCAGCCCCCACGAGCCCAGCGCCGCCUUCAACACCUGCCCGGCCCCGCCCCAGGAAGGCGUGCCCCAGGACCUCCCUCCCUGCGGGCUGCAUCCCAAGACUUUGGAGCAGCUGAGUCAGUGUCCAAGCCUGGGAAAAUCGUCCCUCCGCUUGCUGGAAAUGAAGGAUUACUGCUACACCUGGAAGGCCUAAGGAACGCCGGACCCUGGAGCACGAUGCUCCUUCCCAGGGCUGCAGGUGCUGAGCUUGGGGCAGGGUGGGAGGGACACGAGUGUGUUGCACAUCCCUCACAACUGCUGCACAUCAACACUUCCCAGGGCUGUGAAAGAAAGGAGGGGAAAGGCUAUUGGACAUC